AUCAAACAAUCAUGUGAACACAGCAUCAUCCUGUUUGGCUCGUCCAGUCAGUAAGAGAGGGAAGGAUCUGCAGGAAAAGGAAGCAGAAAGACAUAAUAGGGAGUAUAGGGCAUCAAGAGGGGGGAGGUGUACAUGCAGUGCAGUGCGAGUAUGUGUUGUUUUUAACAGGGAGGUAGGAGGAGAGGAGAAGGAGGAGGAAGGGGUGCUUCCUCUUCAGUCUGGGCUAAGCUGCUGAUGUAUCCCAGCAGCCCCUGUACACAGCAACAGGAAACCUUGGUAUAAAAAGCCGCGUCGCAGGGGGAACCCUCUUAAGUGUCUUUCAGCUGCAGCAUGACCAGGACCAAGAGCCUGAGAGUGUGGACUUAACAACACAAUGCCCAGCCUAAUCGACGAACCUCAACACUUCAUCAUGGACCAAGAUGACAGGAAUAGAAACAAGAACAUCGGAAAGAACUUUAUGUGCCGACUGCAGUGCAUGUUCUCACACUCAUCAAGCUCUGAGAGGCUAAGUUUAGAAGAUACCCAACAAUGGUCACAGUCACUGGAAAAGCUUCUCGAUUCUAAAUAUGGAUUGGCCACUUUUCGCAACUUUCUCAAAUCUGAGUACAGCGAUGAGAAUAUUGACUUCUGGCUCACCUGUGAGGACUACAAGAAGAUCAAGUCUUCAUUCAGAAUGUCCUCAAGAGCCAAGAAGAUUUAUGAGCAGUUCAUCAAAGCAGAAUCUCCUAAAGAGAUCAACAUUGACUAUCACACCCGAGAGCAGAUCAAAAGGAACGUCAAGACUCCCACCAUGCACUGCUUUGACGAUGCUCAGAAGAUGGUUUACGGGCUGAUGGAAAGAGACUCGUACCCGCGGUUCCUCCGCUCGGACAUUUAUAGAACUCUCCUGGAAAACCUUGCCGCCGACGCCACAAAGGGAUGAAUACUCGGUCAAGGAGAGAGAAAGAGAACAGACUUUAAAACCCAUAACUGGAAAUGUUUGAACUCCUUUAGGAGAAAGGCCAACAGCAAAGAAGGAAGGAUGGUGGAACCCAGCAUGCCACACGAACAAAUGCAGAGGCUUCACACUUUUGGCGUUGCCACAUAAGUAAAUGGCUACUUAGUCCCGUCCCUGGAGGAACACGGAGCAUCUGAGGACUGUGUUACAAAAAGAAGAAGAACCACAAGCAGCCUAAAUGAUUAUGACCCUGCAGUGUGUGUUUGUACUGGAUGAUAAGUCUGUGUAUGCAGACGAAUUGAACACUUUUGACAAUGAAUGAAUCAGUGAGGCGCCUGACGCCCGCUCUGACUGUGGUGCUGCGUAAGCAAACUGUGCAGCGGACCUCCUUUGGCCUUCUUUGCAGAGGUGUUUCCUGUGCAGAUUAAGAUAGAGGAUGUGAGAUGCAACGGACAUACUCCAGGUGUGUGUAUGUGUGUGUGUGUGUGUGUGUGUGUGUGUGUGUGUGUGUGUGUGUGUGUGUGUGUGUGUGUGUGUGUGUGUGUGUGUGUGUGUGUGUGUGUGUGUGUGUGUGUGUGUGUGUGAGGGAGUGGAAGUGAGUAUUUAGCUUGAGUGUUUAACUGACACAGGAUUAGCUGUCCCAAAAAAGAUUUGACCAAUUAUCUAAUGACAGAACUAAGGAAGACAACAUAUCCAAAGCAGAGAGUCAGUAGUGAUCUGUCAUCCUUUAGUAAAGGGUUGCAGAAGGCCACUUAGUUCUGCAAGAGGCAUUCUGGGAUACUUUAAAAGGAGUGUUUGUUUUUUCUUUUUUUUAGGUUGGACAGAUAUUUAGCAAUUGAUACAGGUUUUUUUUUUUAGAUUUAAGCUGCCUUUCAAUGCAAAUGAUUUAUAUAGCAUAAAAUAUAAAACACAUUAAUCCAAAAUAAAUAAAAACAUUUGAUGAUAACAAACGUUAUCAUGCGCAUUAAUUGUGUGGAAUCUGAAAUAAUUCUGCUCUACAGAAACUAAGAAGUUCCCUUUUGCCAGUGGCUUCUAAUUUAUUCCCUCAGCAGACGACUGCUGGUCGUUCUCUUAGUCUAAAAGAAAUUCUUAGAGCACUGACGUGUCAAAAGUUGUGAUUUAAUGUAAUACAUUUUUGAGUGGAAUUAUUAUAGAGAUUGGAUGUUUCACCUUGCAUGAUGGGAUGUCAAAACCUCGUAUAUAUCCUGCGAAUAUGCUUUAUUGUUGCUUUUCAAAGCACGUUGUUGUAAUGUAUUCUUAGGAGAUACUAGUAAAGUAAAUUAAAGGUCAAGCAUUGAUUUAUUUAUUGUUAAAUAUCACUAUUUGAGUAAAAUGUUUGUUGCCGUGUUGAAGUGCUUGUUAAAAUGUUAGUGAUUUCAACAACAUUAAAUUAUUUAAGUUUCUUUCUUGGAA